AAAGAUGAAUGUCUUGUGCGGUUUGAGAUUGGUAGUAGCUGUGGUGGGGUCUGUGUAUUUGUGUUUUUGUGCUGACCUGGCCCGUUUGCUGAUUCCUCUUGGCUCUCUCCCCCUGUGCCCGCACACAGUGCUUGCUGGCAGCCAGGCAGACGGGCAGGGCAGAGUGUGCCAACACAGCUGCCUAUUGAGAGGCAGCGUGACGGACACAAUGUGAGCGACAGACUUGCUGUAUCAACAGCUCCCCCUUUUCUGCUGUUGUGGCCAGAAAUAAACCAUAAAUACCCCCCCGUGUCCCUGCCCUCUAAUGGCUCAAACCCACCAAACACCAAGUGGCACUGAAACAGAAGGGCACUACCACUCCUGAGCAGGCAUAUCCAGGUAAAAUGAUUCUUGAAACAUGGAGGGUGGAGCGUUUGCUCCUGUGCAUUGGAGUACUUUAACAAGCUACUUCAAUUUUGGAGAUUUUUUUCUUAGUUUUUCAACAACACAAGGAUAAAUGUAUAAAUCAGAAUGAAAAAUAAACAAUGAAGUGAUUUUUUUUUUUGUCUGUUUACAUUCAUGUUGGAUGGUGAUUUUUGCUGCCAAAAACAGCGGAGAAGCAGUGGAUCAGGAGGAUGUCGGAGCAGCAGAGUGCCCCGGAGCAGCUGGCUGUAGGAAAAAGCCAGGGUGGAGCUGGAGCCACAUAUAAGGUGGUGCUUUUUGAGUUUGAGAACUUCCAGGGCUGCAAGGCAGAGAUUUCUGCAGAGUGUAAAGAUGUGACUGAGAAGGGGCUGGAGAAAGUCGGCUCCCUGAUUGUUGAGUCGGGACCAUGGGUGGGCUAUGACCGGCAUGGGUUUACCGGGGAGCAGUUUGUUCUAGAGAAGGGCGAAUACCCACGCUGGGACACCUGGACCAACAGUCAAAGCAGCUACUCCCUCUUGUCUCUAAGGCCUCUCAAAGUGGAUAGUGCCGAACACAAGCUACACUUGUUUGAGAACCCCAAGUUUACUGGCAGGAAGAUGGAGAUUGUUGAUGAUGAUGUGCCAAGUUUGUGGGGCCAUGGAUUUCAGGACCGUGUAGCUAGUGUCAAAGCUCUGAACGGAACAUGGGUUGGCUAUAUGUACCCUGGCUACAGGGGGCGGCAGUUCAUCUUCGAGCGGGGAGACUUUAAGCAUUGGAACGACUGGGAGGCCCCCGCUCCCCAGAUCCAAUCGGUCCGAAGGGUCCGGGAUAUGCAGUGGCACAAGAGGGGCUGCUUCAUCGUUCCAGACCCCGCCCCCGCCCCAGGCCCGGAUCCCGAUCCCGCCCCAGCACCUCCUGCUCCUCCUGCUUCGGCUGGAACCAGCUGAGCGGGGUCCUGACUUACCUCCAGCCCCCUGCUGCCCGCAGUGCCUGCCCUCUGCCUACCCGACCAUGGCAAACGCUGCUUGUGCUCCGUGACCAUUGCCAUGUAGAUUUCAGUGGAGAAUAAAAGCUGUUUGAUCUGGAAUUUUUUUUAUUUUUGUUUUGUUGACGUUGUGCUUUCAAAGUGUUGACAUCUGAGAUCAAGAGAAACCUCAGUUAGAGAUACAAACCUGACAAAUUUGAUGUCUAUUUAGCCAACAUAUUACCUCAAGAUAAGUUCAAACACCUCGAACAUCAUCCAGAUGGAGAGCUGAAUAUUCUGUAGAUUC